AUGGCUGGUGCUUUAGAAAACGCCCGUAAGGAAUUGAAGAGGGUUUCCCUCGAAGACCAUGCUGAAAGUGAGUAUGGUUCUAUUUACUCUGUGUCUGGUCCUGUUGUUAUUGCAGAAAACAUGAUUGGGUGUGCAAUGUACGAAUUAGUCAAGGUCGGACACGAUAACUUGGUGGGUGAAGUCAUUCGUAUUGAUGGUGAGAAGGCCACAAUCCAAGUUUACGAGGAAACCACUGGUGUUACCGUUGGUGACCCUGUCCUAAGAACUGGUAAGCCAUUGUCUGUUGAACUUGGUCCUGGUUUGAUGGAGACCAUUUAUGAUGGUAUUCAAAGACCGUUAAAGGCUAUUAAGGAGAUUUCGCAAUCCAUCUAUAUUCCAAGAGGUAUCGAUGCUCCAGCUCUAAGCAGAUCCAUCAAAUGGCAAUUUACUCCAGGUAAGUACCAAGUUGGUGAUCACAUUACUGGUGGUGACAUCUUUGGUACCAUCUUUGAAAACUCACUUUUGGAUGAUCACAAGAUCUUGUUACCUCCAAGAGCUAGAGGUACCGUCACGUGGAUUGCACCUGCCGGUGAAUACACCGUUGAUGAAAAGAUCUUGGAACUAGAGUUUGAUGGUGUCAAGUACGACCAUUCUAUGUACCACACAUGGCCUGUUCGUGUCCCAAGACCAGUCACAGAAAAAUUAGCUGCCGACUAUCCAUUGCUUACUGGGCAAAGAGUUUUGGACUCUCUAUUCCCAUGUGUUCAAGGUGGUACUACUUGUAUUCCAGGUGCAUUCGGUUGUGGUAAGACUGUUAUUUCACAAUCCCUAUCAAAGUAUUCCAACUCUGAUGUGAUUAUCUACGUCGGUUGUGGUGAAAGAGGUAACGAGAUGGCUGAAGUCUUGAUGGAAUUCCCAGAAUUGUACACUGAGAUCAGCGGUAGAAAGGAGCCUAUCAUGAAGCGUACCACUUUGGUCGCUAACACUUCUAAUAUGCCUGUGGCUGCUAGAGAAGCAUCUAUUUACACUGGUAUUACUUUGGCUGAAUACUUCAGAGAUCAAGGUAAGAACGUCUCCAUGAUUGCUGAUUCUUCUUCAAGAUGGGCUGAAGCGUUAAGAGAAAUUUCUGGUCGUUUAGGAGAAAUGCCUGCUGAUCAAGGUUUCCCAGCAUACUUGGGUGCCAAAUUGGCGUCUUUCUAUGAAAGAGCAGGUAAGGCUGUCGCGCUAGGUUCUCCUGACCGUAUCGGUUCUGUUUCUAUCGUCGCCGCUGUGUCACCAGCUGGUGGUGAUUUCUCAGAUCCAGUUACUACUUCUACAUUGGGUAUUACUCAAGUGUUUUGGGGUUUGGAUAAGAAAUUGGCUCAAAGAAAGCAUUUCCCAUCUAUUAACACUUCCGUUUCAUACUCCAAGUACACCAAUGUUUUAGGUAAGUUUUACGAAUCAAACUACCCAGAAUUCCCCGUUCUAAGAGACCGUAUGAAGGAAAUUCUAUCCAAUGCAGAGGAACUUGAACAAGUUGUUCAGUUAGUCGGUAAGUCUGCUUUAUCAGAUGGUGACAAGAUUACCUUAGACAUUGCUUCUUUGAUCAAGGAAGAUUUCCUACAACAAAACGGUUAUUCUACAUACGAUGCAUUCUGUCCGAUCUGGAAGACAUACGACAUGAUGAAGGCAUUUAUUGCUUACCAUGAUGAAGCUCAAAAAUCUGUAUCUAAUGGUGCCAACUGGGCCAAGUUGUCUGAGGCAACACGUGAUGUCAAGCAUGCUGUUUCUUCAUCCAAGUUCUUUGAACCAAGCAGAGGUGAAAAAGAAGUUCAUGCAGAGUUCGAGAAAUUGUUGACCAAUAUUCAAGAUAGAUUUGCUGAAUCCACCGAUUGA